AUGUAUACAUUUUAUUCAAUAGUUUUUCUAACAUUAGGAAUUAUAGGAUUCCUUAUAUCAUUAUUUAUUUUAUUUAUUCAUUUAAAUAGUAAUCAACUAUUACAAGAUUAUGUUGUUGUUGUUCCAAGACUUGUUGUUGAUGUUCUAAUUCAUGGAAUAUUUAUAACUUCUGGUAUACUUAUAACUACUAAUUUUAUUUGUAUAUCUUUUAUAACAUUAUUAUCAGUUAUAGUAUUACAAAUAUGUUUUUCAUUAAAUAAUAAUAUUUAUAUAUUAUUAGCAGUUCAGUAUCCUGUUAAACUUAUAGAAUUACCUCUAAGAAAAAGAUAUUUACUUAUGUUUAUAUGGUUAAUUUUAAGUCUUAUCGUAAUAAUACCAUUUGUUAUUAUAAAAAAUGUCACUAUAUGUGAUUUAAAAGAUUCAUAUAGAAUUAUAUAUAUUAUUAUUGGUGUUAUUUCCAUCAUUUCAAAUAUUUUAAUUAUUACAUCAAUUUUUUGUGUUAAAAAUUCAAAAACAAAAAGAGAAUUAGCAAAUGAAGCUAAAAUAAGUAUUUUAGCUACGUUACUCCCAUCUAUAGGAUGUAUUGCUGCAUCAUGGUAUGACAUAUCAGAAGAAGCCAAAGAUAUGGUUUAUGUUUUAUGUUAUUGUUUAAUUGGUCUUUAUAUAGUAAGCAAUAAUGUUUUCAUUUUAUUAAAUGAUGAUGUACAGAAAGCAAUUAAAGGAAUCUCACGACGUAUAAGGCCAAUUCAUUUUAAUAACAUAUAA